AUGGGUGCCCUAGAAUCUUGCACUUGGAAGUCUAGCUUCAUUCAGUUGGCUAACAGGACAAGCAAAUGGGCGAUAACGGGCCUAGCAACAGGAUUUCUCCUCUAUCGCCAAAACGAUCCAGCCUCGAUGUGGGCGAUCACCGGCGCGCUCGCCAAUGGCGCCACCUCCAAGCUCCUCAAGCAAUGCAUCAACCAGCAGCGGCCCAUCGCCGCUGCAAACCACGCGAGACUCGAUCCGGGAAUGCCCUCCUCUCACGCGCAGUCUCUCGCCUACCUCUCCACGUACGCAACAAUCGAGAUCGCCGGAUGGAGUGGUGUCAAUCCAGUGCUCUCUCUGGCGCUCAGAGCGAUUGUUCUUAGCACUGCCGCCUAUCUCGCUCAUCUUAGAAUCUCCAUGGGUUUCCACACCUCCGCGCAGGUCGCGGUUGGAUCGGUGAUCGGGAGCUCCAGCGCUGUGAUUUGGAACUGGAUCUGGAAGGCGAUCGUGGAGCAGCACGCGGUGAAUCUGCCGUGGAUGUCAAAGGCGGGAUGGAUGGCGUUGUUCGUCGCGGGAAGCUUAGCUCUGGCGCGAGAAUCUAAAUGAGAGCCAAUUAAGCCAAACCAUGAAAGAUUCCUUCGUCUUUGC